UCUUCUAAGGGCGUUCCUCUACGUAUUGUAACCGAGGUAUGUUCUGUUUAUGUCAUCGCUCCGUCGUAACCGAAUGAUCAUAAUGGUUAAUCGUUAUUUAGUGUCCUGUCUCAUAGGCUAGGAAUGUUCCGGAUACCUAAAUCUACAAUGCCUUGUACCGCUGCUACAACAAUGGCAAAACGGCCUAAACAGGUUCAAAAUUGCUCGUAUACAUCGUAUGAAUGCAUGCAGCCAUGCCUGGAAGAUUAUUCUUAUUGUUCCAAGCAUAUCCUUGAAGAUCCCAGUGCACCUUAUAAACAAUGCACUUUUGUGUACAAUACCAAUGGGAGAAAGUGUCAAAAUCCAGCUCCAAAAUUGGACAGGAGAGAUAUCUCAUAUUGCAGUGAACAUUCUAGAAAGGCUCAAAUUUCGCGCAUCAAAUCGACAUCACGACGUUCCCUGCCGCAAACACCAGAAAUGUUGCUGCUCAACUUAAGUCACUAUGUGAAACCUACAGAUUCCAGUGCCGAAGAUACAGAAGAAGAAGGAGGGAAAGUGAAAGCGCUAGACCCUUUCACCGAAGUUGAUGCUUACAGAAUAAAUGCAAGUGGAUGCGACAUCUUAGAUUAUGCCAGUUCGUCAGAGAGCGACGUUGAACCCACAGUCGUUAAUGAUACACUGAAAGGGGUUUAUCUUGACGACAGUGAUAACGAAAAUUUGCAUAGUCCGCAGGAAGAUCCCUUGAAUAUUAAUUUUUUAAGGCACGCCGGGAUAUUUACCGCGGAGGAAGUCAUUUAUAUCGCGAGGGAAAAACUAAUUAAACUUCAGUCUCUUUACAUUGAUCAAUUUAGAAGAUUGCAAUAUAUAUUGAAGGAAAAGAGACGGAAAUAUCUGCUUGCUCUAAAAAAAGAAAAGGAAACAUUAUGUAGCAUACAUGAUCAGGCAAGAGAAACGGCGAAAGAGAAAAAGAUUUAUGAGAAGCUAAAGGCUUUAAAUCGUUAUCACAGACGGAGCGGCGUCGAGGCUAUACUUUAUAGGAAAUCAUUGGAACGUCGCGCGCAAGUAACCGAAGGACCUGCUCAGAAACCACCAAAUGUGUCCAAAUGUAUAUUCACCGAAGGUGGUGUGAAAUGCGGCGAGAGAACUCUUCCGUCGGCUAAACAUUGCCGCAAACAUAUUCUAAAGGACCAACAUCAGGUUUUAUUCAAAGCAUGCGGAGCAGUACGAGCGGACAUAGAAUGCCACGAACCUGUGCCUGUAAUCUUCGAUUCGAAUUGUGUUUUUCACAUGAAUUUGCCGUCGCCGUGCAAAUUGGAACCUAUGAAAUUUGAGGAACAGAAACCCACAGCACAAGAAACAUCUAUGACCGACAGUCAGUCUAUGGAGAUUGAUGUCGUGGGCGUGGCGCAGGACAUUGAUCCAGACGAUGAUAUGGCGGGUCUGAUGAGAGAGAUGAAUGACUCAACUCACGUGAAACCAGCAUUCAAUGAGAGCUUAAACAGUGAAACUAGUACAGACACGGCAUUCAGUUUGUCAGCGCAAAUGAGCGAUCGAGACGAAUUCAUUACCGUAUGACAAAAUAUUCUGCUGUAAUCUUCUGAAUAGAAUAGUAUUUUUUUUGGUUAUCAUGUAAUUGCUUGGUCCAUUAAAGUGUCGAUCAAAG